GAAACCAAGGUACCCUUAUCACUACGGGAUAGCUGCGUUAUGCCCAAUGGUCAACCUGUACUGGGCUGUGCACGACCACAGUGUUUUAGAUGGGCUGAAGGUGGCAACAUGGAAUGUCAAUCUGCCUUCGAAUCAGAUUCAUGCGACAGUGACAACGAAUGGGUGGGCGGAAUCGUCCCAUUGCUGAAUGUAUCGGCAUUUCCAAUCGCUCUUCAAUGUUGCACAUUCGAACCACUGCGAUUGACAUCAGAUCGAGGUGUGGCGACAGUGAAUCCUGGCCAAGUCGUCAUCGGAGGAGAGGUACUCAACAACGAAGCAUUCGACUAUAUCAGUAAUGUGCAAAAAGAGUUCAAUUCCGAUGGUUCUGUUACCUAUAAAGUCGGCCUUCGUCGAUUUUACUGCCCACCGAAAGUCGACUAUACUCCUGAGGGUGAGUACAACCUUUUGACAGUAUUUUUUACGACGUCGAAAUGA